AGUUCGUUAUUCAUACACACACAAGGUUGUUUUUAGUUGCUCUCAGAGUUGGUCAAACGAGUAGACGUGUAUAGUGUCUAUGCCGUAAGUUCACGAUUUAAGUGGGAAAUAAUAGGAACCUGUUCCUGUUAGUGUGAAGUUUACGUUUAAUACCUUAUUUAAGCACCACAACAUGGAUAGUAAAUCAUUGUUAUUUUUAAUUAUAACAACAUUAUAUUUUCAAUAUUCUGGACAAAAUGAAGAGGACAGUCAGAUUUCAAGCACGAUAAUACCAACCACAAUUGCUGAAAAUGAUAACUUAGAAACAACAAAUACAACAGAUAACUCGAUACCAAAAGCUAUAAAUAAUUUUGGAUAUAAUUUACUAGUCAAAAUGAUGAACGAAAAGAAAAACGAAAACAUCGUGAUAUCACCAAUAGGUGUCGCUGGUCUGCUUGCCAUGACAUUACUCGGAAGUGUUGGGAUGACACAUGAUGAAAUCGCAGAGACUCUCGGAUUUUCCCAAGAUAUUCUACGAAACCGCAAGAACCACGAACAGUUCGGCGAACUACUACAGAGUUUAAAUAUGAACGAGUUUUCAAAAACUUUGUACGCUGACGCGAUAUUUGUAGACAACCAAGUAGAAUUGCGAGAGUUGUACAGAAGUUAUCUGCAUGGUGUUUACGGAGGCGAUGUGUUACGUACUGAUUUUCAAGAAACCGAAGGAUCUAAAAACAGCAUCAAUGAGUGGGUGAGCAAGCACACAGAAGGAAAUAUAGACGAUUUUUUGAAAGAUUCUCUGCCUCCCCAUACUAAAGUAGUACUUUUAACUGCAUUGUACUUUAGUGGCACAUGGAAACAACCCUUCGCACCGCAAUUCACAAGAAAGAUGGAAUUUAAAAGGGCUACAGACGAAGUUAUGGCUGACAUGAUGUUGAAUUUUGGAGAGUUUCGUUACAAGGUUUCUGAGGAAUAUGACUUCCACAUGAUAGCAUUGCCAUAUAACGACAGUGAAACUUUUAUGUAUGCUUUAAAACCAUUAUCUCAUAAACGAUUAACAUUAUUGGAACUCAUGGAAAAUAUUAACAACAAAGUUAUUGAUGAUACCAUCAAUGAAAUGCAUGUGAAAAAUUGUGUUAUUCGUUUCCCUAAGAUGAAAAUUAAAAGUACCACAAAGCUGGAGAGCACCUUGCAAUCUAUUGGGAUACAAAGUAUGUUUAUACCGGGCCAAGCAAACUUCGCACUUAUGGUAAAUAACACCAAUCAGUUUGUGAAUAAAUCUGAAGGAGAAUCAGACAGAUACUCAGAAAACGAAGGAAAUGGGACAAACAUUUUGGACAGUCUACCCAACCCUGGAAUACAUGUAGAUUCCAUAAUUCAUGAUGUAAAGUUAACAAUUAAUGAGUUUGGAACAGAAGCAGUAGCUGCAACAAGUGGAACAUUAACACGGUCAGCUGAAAAUUUCUAUGCAGAUUCUCCAUUUUACUUUUUCAUUCGAAAUGAAAGAACUAAACUAGUGACCUUUAGUGCUGUUAUUUUUGAUCCAACUAAAUAAUUACAUUAAACAUUUAUAAUUUUAAUCUAUAUUGGAUUAUGUAGCCAAACAAUAAAUAGGUACACAUAUUUUUUCUAUAUUUAAAGUAAUGUGAAUAAGCUUAAAGUUUACAGUUUAUAUACAUUUUUUAAACAUAUAAGUUAUAAUUGUUAUUUUUAUCACUUAAAUCUUAAUUAUACUACACAUAAUUGUU